AAGAAUGAUAACUUUGGCGUGCGUUACAGCGUAGAUUUGUGAUGGUUAUGUGCUUCAAAGUGCUUCUCUUUUGAUUAAAAACGAACUGUAAUGGACCCAGUUAAUAAUGAUGUCAAAGACGCCGUGUUGGGUAAGCUAUUUGUGUACUUGUUAGGUGUUUUCAUGCCAGAAAUUUACAUAUGUGUAUGCAUGCCUGUUUCGAAAAUGCAGAGAGCUAUUCCCGCUGAAAUCAGCGCUUACGCCGGUUAUGACCGUAACUUUUCUAGCUAAAAAGCUUGCUUUUGCAUGUGAUUUGAAUGUAAUUGUUACGAGCAUUUUUAAAAUUAUUUUUAGUGGAAGCAAGAAACAUUUGAAAGUAAGGAACCUUUUCUUUAAAUCUCACAUUUAAAAGAAAGUGUAUAAAUGACAUCCGGUUGAAGUUGCUCGAUGCUCUGAACAGAGUUCAGGAUGUGGAAAUCGCAUGCCAUUCGAGAGUGUGUUGAAGGAUAAAGUAAUUUGAGGCAGAAUGAGGCUCAAAUUCCUCUGUGUGAGAACCAAAGCAGUGAUUUUGUUAGAAAUAGUUAUGGUGAGUCCUGGGACUCAUCGUGUUAAAAAUCAUGAGUCUCUGUCCAUUAAACCAAAUGAUUCCCAGUUCAAAAAAACAAGGAGUCCUCAAUUGAAAAUGCAUGGACCUUUAUGUAACCGAAAAGUUAAUCUGAAGACAGGCGCCAAAACUCUUUAUUACAGUUUGCUGAAAUUAAAAUAUAGUCCAUCUUCUAUAUAAUUAUUUAAAGCACAAAUAAAGACUAAAAUAAAUGUUCAUCUUUAAACAACAGCCACAGAAAUCACACAAACAGGAUAUUCUACCACAAAAUCCUCAAAUCAGUUGAUUGUUCAUUCAUCCUACGGGACGCAUGCCAUGAAUUAUUUUGCAUGUUUGGGGGCUUUUAUGCAUCAGGGAUGCAUGAUGCAGAGGUAACAAAAUCAUUAAAACAUGAUGGUGAUAAUUAUUUGAAAGACACGUCCUCCAAUCCUUGUUGAGAAUGUUGUGGUGCAAGUGUUGUGGAAAAAAUAAUUUUUACCUUUUUUAUUAAUUUAUAAAUAUUUUUAGGUACAACAUGUAUAUUAAACAUGUAUUUAAAAAUAAAUGGGGAUUCUAUUUUAGGAGUUUUUAUUCUUAGUAUUUCUUAUCAAUAUUCAUGUAUAUUUAUAAUUUUUUUAAUAUGCAUUAUACACAACAGAUACAUAUAUGUAGUUAUUUAAGAGUAAUCUGUUAAUGGCUGGGAGGAUUUAUGUUACUAAUAUUCUGUAAAAAAAAAUGAUACCAGCUAUCAACAUUUUUGUGUGGGAUUACAUUUUUUUUUUCCUUUUUUGUAGAAGAAAUUCUAUCAUUAUUAUUUAUACGUUUACACUGUAUGCAGAAAUGUUUUCACAUAGAUGAUUUUCUGCUCAGGGAAGCUGUUUGCAUUAUAGGUUUUUGCUGAUUGAGAAAUGCAGUACCAGAUUUCUACUUUUAUGCAUGAAAUGUGCCAAAUAGUUUGUUCCCUGCUCUACUAAGCAGGGCUUCUUAUAUUUCGCGCGGUUGCGGAGCCGCAAAAUUCAGGUAAAUCCACGAUGUCCCUGUGAAAUUCACGCAAAAUACCAGGAAAUUCGGCAGAAAUCUUAUCAAAUACAUGUCUGUACAGCAAUUUUGAAACUUGUCUCAGCUACUGGGGGUAUUUACUUGCCGUAAACUCACAAAUUUAUGUCUCAAAACUUUGUCACUGAAACGUGCAAACAACGUUCCGAAACUACAAGGCGUAGAUUAUGUUGCGAAAAACUGGGCACUAGCCAUGAUGUUAAAGGCUUUGCCAUUGGUUCAUUUCUGGAGCAUAUUGUUGUUGAAAGAGCAAAUGAUGACCUCUGUUAGAAAAACAUUAAAAACGCUGGUCUGAUCAGCGCAAAACCGAUCUAUUUCUAGCGAGAUUUGCCCGAAAAUAACCAAAUCUGUCGUUUUUUUACCGAUUGUUUGCCCCGAAAAUUCCUGCGAAAUUCCCGCGAAAUUGGCUGAUUUUUCCGUGAUUUUGUCCCUAAAAAUCCCGCGAAAUUUUACUUUUUUUCCAUGACCUAUCAGAAGCCCUGACUAAGUAGUAACCUCUCUUGCAGAGUGUUUUUUCUUUCUCAUUUAAAAAACAUAUAUUUUCACAGACAAAAUCAGCCAUUUUCUUUUUUGCUCGACCAUAACAUCAUUAUUCCACUAUAAUAAUUAUGCCAAGCAUUGUGCUCCCCAGAUCUGGAAGCAAUCAAACUGAUAUUCUUUUUAAUUGCUCUUUGUAUUCCUUCUCUGUAUUCUAGAGUAAAGUUGAUCAACUAUACCCUAAUAUUGAUAUGUUUUUGCUUCCUUUUGCAGAGGCUGAAAAGUUUGUCUCAGUUACAUUAGCAAAAGAAAAUUUGUCGCCUGCAGUGGAAAAAGAGCGCAGCCUGCUAGCAGAAAAGUUGCAAAAAGUUAAAACGCAGUUAGGUCUCCAAAGUGAUUUGCCUGGAGGUGGUAAAGCCCCACCACGCCCACCAAAGGGUGGUGUACCUCUUCCUGUACCAGUAACGACAGAAGAACCGGUGGCUCCAGCAGAACCGGAGGAACUAUAUGAUGAUGUAGCAGGUAAUUGUAGCCUCCUCAUUUACUUACUGACUGUCUAUUAUUGUAAGUACAUGUAAGUGUUUAUUUCAUUUUUUUUUUGCAACUGGAGGUCUAGAAACUUUGAUCUCGUGCAUCUCUCUUGGCCUUUAUUUACCUUAUAUUUUUGAUUCACUUUUAAAUGACAAAAUCUCAGCUUCAUGUACAUAUAAUGAAAGUAAGUAAUGCCUCCCAAGAGUUUUAAAUCAUAUUAAAGCUAUAAACCACAGAGAGUUACUAACAGUGUACAUGUAACUAAAAUAACUAAGAGGCUAAGGAAUAUAGUUUUCUUAAUCAUACUCUAUUCUUCUUCUUCUUCCGUUACCAUUAUUAUUAUUAUUAUUAUUAUUAUUAUUAUCUCUUCUGUCACAGCCUUUGCUGGUGUUCUUUUUUGCAUCAGCCAGGUACAAACCAUGCAUUUUUGUGCAUUUUUGCCUUCUUUUUUAUUUGCUUUGUAACUAAUUUUCCUCUUUGCAGGGCUUCUGAUAUUUCGCGGAAAACAAAGCAAAAUUUCGCGGGAUUUUCAGGGGCAAAUUCGCAGAAAAAUCGGCCAAUUUCGCGGGAUUUUCGCGGGAAAAAAGUCAAAAUUCGCAGAAAAAUCGGCCGAUUUCGCGGGAUUUUAGCGGAAAAAAGUCAAAUUUCGAAGGAUUUUCAGGGGCAAAUUCUUAGAAAAAUCGGCCGAUUUCACGGGAAAUUUCAGGGGGAAACUUCAAGAAGCAAUCAGUAGAAAACAGCCGAUUUCGCUGGAUUUUUUUGGCAAAUUUCACUAAAAUCGAUCAAUUUUGCAUCGAUAUGACCACCGUUGUUUAACAUUUUUUUAACAGGGAUAAUCCUUUGCUCUUUCAACAACAGUUCACUCAAGAAAUGAGCGAAUGCUAAAGCUAUUAACAUUAUGGUUAGUGCCCAGUUUUUCGCAACGUUCAUCUAAAAACGCCUGGUAGUUUUGGGACGUUGUUUACUCAUUGCAGUGACGAAGUUUCAAGAUAAAUUUGGACGUUUGGGGUGAAUAAAACAGGUCUAAUAGCCAAGAUAAGUAUUAACCCAUUCGCCCCUGAACCGCCCGUAACCGCCCGUGCGGAUCCAGGUCCUUUCUACCCUUUGUGACGUCAUCAGUUUUAACGGUCAAGGACAACUUUCUUUGCACACGUGUGCAGAGUGAAGAGAUCUCUCAAGCCAUACCAGAAUGAGCACAAUUCAGUCAAGGACACCGGAGAAAGAAGCAAAAAACCACGUGACAAGGACCCCUGAAAAUCUCCAUGAAAAUCUUGUUCCAUUACCCACCUACCCUUCCUUGCACCUAAUCCUAAGGUCCUAAAAGCUUUCCUAAAAACUCCUCCCACCAAAAUGAAGCCUACUAAAUGCCCAGUAAGAGAAAAAAAAAAUGAGGCAAGAAAAGCGAAAAAAGAAGGGAGGAGAGAAAGCGAAAAGUAAAAGUCAAGACUGCUAUGUCACUUUUAAACCCAAAAACUAUGUCGAAAUUUUGCUUUCUGCGCAUGCCCGAACUUCGCAAGCUGAUAUUUUGCAUCUGGAUCAGAAGGCCGCCAAGUGUACGACCUGUAAACCGGUUUGUGGUAAGUUUUAGCUCUUUAUAGCACGACAGUGACCAGAAAACCACUCGACUAGCUUCAAAACGCGUUUUUCGGCAAAAUCUCCAGGAGCGAAUGGGUUAAAUAUGUUUUGCCAACAUGUAUUGGGAAAUAUUUCUGGCGGAUUUUGCGGUAUCUCGCGUUUUUUUGGGAAUUUUGCGGGAUUUCGCGGAAAUACCUGAAUUUCGCGGGUCCGCGACCGCGCGAAAUAUCAGAAGCCCUGUCUUUGACAAAAUGUAACUUGGUAUCAUAACUAUUUUAUAGUUUACUCAACUGCUGUCCAGUUCAUCCGUCAGUUGUCUUUCAUAACUGCUUUUACAAGGACCCUUUAAAGUUUAUUGUUAUUGUUUUGUUAUUGUCCAGGUGUCAUACCCAGUGAAGCCAAUGCUGCAGCAAAAUCAAGCAGUGCCAGUGAAACCUAUGAGAUCAUGACUGGAGAAGCAGACACAGGUGCAACACCAGCCUCACAAGGUGAUGGAGGAGAAGAUUAUAUGGCCAUGGAUGAGGAGAUUCCUCAAGAGGAUUAUGAAGAACCACAACCAAAUGAACCAGAUAAGCAGCAGGCUUCUACAAUACAAGAAGAAGAGUAUGAAAUGCCAGGGGCUGAUGCUGACUACGAAGGUAAUUAAAUUAAUUUACGGGAGGCAGUGUCGCCAAGCAGUUUUAGACUGCUGGACUUGUAAUUCAGAGGCUCUGAGUUCAAGUUCCUCCUUGACUGCUAGCUGCAUCUGUUGUCGGUAGUCCCAAGUUCAAAUUGUUAUCACUUAUUAUUAUUACUGCAUGGGCUGUAGAAAGGAGAGUUAUUUUCUGGAGUUCACGUAUGUUGAUGUUGCCAUGGAUUUUUUGGGAGUAUUCUGUUUUCCAUGUCCUUCUUGAUGGUGCCAAGGGUUCCCAUAACCGGAACUGUUGUUGUUUUGAGCCCCCACAUUCGCUCAACCUCGAUUUCCAGGUCAUUGUAUUUGGUAAGCUUUUCUGUGGUUUUGACUGAGGUGUUAGUGUCGAGGGGUAUAGUCAUGUCAAUGAGAAGGCACGUUUUAUCCUUCUUGUUCUUUAGGACAAUGUCCGGCCUAUUAACCGCUUUGGUCCUGUCAGAGUGGAUGGGCAUGUCCCACAGAAUAGUGACUCUGUCAUUCUUGGUGACAGCCCUGGGUUCAUGCUCAUACCAUCAUUCCUUCACCUCAAUGCCAAACUCUUUGCAGAUCUUCCAGUGCAUGUGUGCAGCUGCCUUGUUGUGGCGGUGAAUGUAUUUAGUUUUAGCCAGUUUGGGGCAGCCAGAGACCAGGUGGUCAAUGGUCUUGUCGAAAUGGCCACACAGUCUACAUUUUGGGUCCAUGUCAGGCUUCUUGAGGAUGUUGUGUUGGUACCAGCAUGUUGGGAGGCUAUUAUUAUUAUUAUUAUUAAAUUAUUAUUAUUGUUAAUGAUAUAUGAAACAAAUCAUAUAUGAACUGCGGAAAUGAAAUGAAAAUGAAGAAAUGAUCGUUGCAGUGAAUGCAAUUUAUGCAAUUGCGAAAAGAAGCCUGAAAAACAAAAAUUCAGGACUUCAACGGGUUCAAACCCCGUUGAAGUCCUGAAUUUUUUUCAGGCUUCUUUACGCAAUUGCAUAAAUUGCAUUCACUACGACGAUCAUUUCUUCAUUUUCAUUAUUAUUAUUAUUAUUUUCAUCGUUAAGCUUUAAAAAAACUGUAGAAACCCCGUUGAAGUCCUGAAUUUUUUUCAGGCUUCUUUACGCAAUUGCAUAAAUUGCAUUCACUACGACGAUCAUUUCUUCAUUUUCAUUAUUAUUAUUAUUAUUUUCAUCGUUAAGCUUUAAAAAAACUGUAGAAAAACUUUUCUUAGAAAACAUUUUUAAGACAUUUUUAUAAAGUUAUUUAAUAAUAUUAUAAUACAACAUUUCGAUGUUCUCGGAUUUCAUCAUCAAGUAAAAGAAAUACAGUAUGAAUGUUCUGUAAAUACAAGAAAAACAAUAGUUCAUUAAAAAAAAAGUAACAUAUAAAAAUAUGUUACAAGUUAAACUCUGCUUAACUUUUACUUGUGCAGUGUUCAAUCUAGGCCACAUUUUUGCGUCAUUGAUGCAGAAUAUUUUAUUCUGGCACAAAAUUAAAUUAUUGUGGAGUCAUACUGACAUGAAAAAAAAUUCCCUUGUAUUACUACAGUUGACUCCCGAUAACUUGAACCCUCACUUACUCGAAUCUCGUGCUAACUCGAACCAAAAUCGAUUUCCUCUGGAAAAAAGACUGAAGAAUACAUUUCGAUGCUCUGCAUACAAUUGAUUCAUGCUUCGUUUACCAACUUUGUGCUUUCAUUUUUUUUUUCCAUUUUAAAUUGAAAACAAAAGCAAAUUUCAUUUCUUGUGCAAAAGAUAAUGGCAGUUGAGUUGUUUGAGCUUUUUUGUCACCUUUUAGUGAGAAUCGGUCAAUCAUUUUUUAAAUGUGUCAGCUUUGGGAUUAUAAUUAGGCCACUUCAUACAGCUGUACCCCCUGCAGUUCUAGCCUCCAUGUUGAUGUCAUCAGUAUUUAAAUGUUUACUGCAAUAAAGGAAUGAAAACUGUUAAGAGCAUAAAACUAUAUUACUGAAAAUUAAGAUUAAUUAAGAUUGAAAAUUAUUUGAUACGCUCGCAAAGUGUAGUGAAACAGUUUAAUAUUGAACUUGAAUGGAAAUUCACUCGUUCACCCACUCCAUUGCUUGCAUGCUCUAAACCUUAUCAUGAACAGGUUUCAGAAAAAUGAUACUCUGAUUUAUCCUCCUAGACUUUUAUUUAAUUGCAGCUUGAUGCACACACUUUUUUUCUCGUACGUGUCAUGUUGCGUUACAUGCCCAGUAAAUGUUAUUGAAAUCGAAAGAAAUUGCAACUGAUUCAAACUAUCAGGGUUGUCAGAAAGUGUUGACGUAGAUGGCUGAGUUAUCAAAGUAAGCAGCCGUCCAGGGCUAUUUUAUUGUAAAAACGUUAUCCGUAAAGAAAUGCCAAGCAGAGUCGCUGGCCGAUAAUUAACCAAGUUGGUGAUGAUUUUCACUGGCAGCUGGCUACUGUUGAUAACCCUGACUAUUUGAAAUGUCAUUCUUUACACACAGCAAGUGCUUCCCUUUCUAUUGGAAACUAUUAGUUCCAUUUACUGUCCCCCAAUAUGAUGUUUUGUAACCUUUUUGAGCACAAAAAGGAACUUUGACACCACAGGGAGUUUAGUUUGAUUUUUUAAGUCACUUCCUGUGUCUUCUGUGUGUUUAGUGACAGAUACCAGUAAACCCCCUGCAGACAAUGUUCCUGAUGAGUCAGAUGAGAUGUAUGAAUGUGCCGAGCUUGGUACUGGUUCAGUUGAUGGUGUUCCAACCUUGGAAUAUUUGACAAAGAUCACAAAACCAGAUGAUAUCAAAGGUGUCAUUAAGACAGGUAGGUAUUAUUUUUAUACAAUGUUAAAGAAGUAUAUUGAGUUCCAUUAUAAUUGGACAGUCUGUGAAAAAAUAUGGAACAGAAAACCAACAAACAAAAGCUAACCAAAAUGAAAAGAAAAAUUAUACAGAUACAUACAAGUUGCUAAGUUUGCCAUGCCCAGUUUAAUACAUGGGUUAACUGAAAACUUUAAGUUUAUAGUUUGUGUUGUCUUGUGUCUCAACAUUCAGUUUGGUCCUUGGAUUAGACACUCAGUUUCGUAUCCUAACAUUGGUGAUAUCUCUUCAGGUUUCCUCAACAAACGUCGCAAAGAAGGCAAAGUUUACAUCGGAAGCAAGUUUCAGAAACGAUACUGUGUUGUGCGCAAUCAUAUCAUGUACUACUUUAAAGACAAGAAAUCACCAAAGCAACAAGGAAGCAUCUUGUUACCAAAUUAUAAAGUAGCUGUUGCUAACAAGAAAGGCCGUGAGUUUAUUCUCACUUUGGAUGGCCAAAGGCCAUUUCAGGUACUUGAUUUGUUAAAUAACAUCAAAUAUUUUGUGGUUUUUAGUUUGUGUCACAUUGGUUUCAGAAGCUACACAAUCAUUUUUUCCCAACCUGAACAUCUUUAGGAUCUCCCAAUGAUCUUAACAAAUCUGUGCCACAUUAUUCCCAGUCUGAAAUUUUGUCAGUACUACCCUUAUUCAAGGCAUUUAGAAAUGAAUGAUUCACUUAGUUAAUUCUCUUAUGCUGUCUGAUGCUUUCUUAGUAAUAUUCAUGUGAUAACAGCCAGCUGGAAUAAGUCAAUGAUGAAAAUUGGUAAAUUAGUGCAAAAUUUCAAAAAUACCUUGGAAGUGUUUACAUAGAGUGUUAUGUAAUAAUCGUCAAUGAUGAUGUCUUCGACAUUAUAUUUUUAUUAUUAUUUUAUUGUUAAGAGUCUGAUAAACCCUUGCAUCAUUAGUAUGAGCUUUUAUAGACUGUCUUUAUACACUGUAGUUUCCAAAGCGGUCAAGAUUAAUCAAUUCACUUUCCUGACCGAAGAGUUAAUUCCAAGACCAUUCCUUAAUGUGAUUAACAUGUCUGGUAUGUCCAGGUCAAAUUAUUUUUAAGGAUGAUUUAUCUGUUAUUAAAUAGUUCGAGGCUAACUCUAAGAAGGAAGCUGAGGAAUGGAUAUCAGCGAUACAAAGUGCCGCUGAUGCACCACUGGUAGGUAAUCAUAAUCUAGAUGAACUGCGUAACAGGCAACACUCGGAUGAUGAAAGCAGCUUACAUUAUGAGAAGAGUGGUAUGGAGGAGCCUGAAGUAAGAGCUCAAAAUGAUGAGGAAAUGUAUGAUGACACCAAAGAAGAAUUGUAUGAAGAAGUUGGUAGUAUUCAACCUGCCACUCCCAGCCAACAGUCCAGUCAACCAAUACAGUAUGAAAUUUCCACAGCAGUUGCUACCUCUCCCAAGCCAGGUUUGACUGAGCAGUUAUAUUUAUUAAAUAAAUAAAUUUUAUUAUUUAUUUAUGCAUUCAUUUAUUUAUUUUUCUCAUUACAUUGAUCGGUAUUAUUUAGAGACACAAUCCCUCGAGAUGAAUAGUGCAUUUGCUGUUUUUUAACCUACAAUCAUGUACAGAAGUAUUGGGACACUUUUGCAUUUUUGGGGCGUUUUCGAGUUCACACAGGCCCAACCCCUCCCCUCACCCCACAAACAAAGUUGGAAGCAUGUAUCGAGAAUUUUUUCCGAGUUUUAAAAGAAAAUUUCAAAAAAGGAUGUACUGUUUUAUGAGGCAACCCAGAAAUAACAGAAAAAUAUUAAUACUGGAUUACUGUCCCAAGGACUUUUGUUCAAGAUUGCAGUCAUGAACAGACGUCUCGGAACAUUUUACAUUUUUGGGGGGUUUUCCAAUUCACACAGGCCCAACUCCUCCCCUCACCCUACAAACAAAGUUGGAAGCAUGUUUCCAGAAUUUUUUUCGGAGUUUCAACUUUGUAUAGGGUGGGGAGAGGGAGAACUGCAAGAAAAUUUCAAAAAGGAUGUAGUAUAUUAAUACUGGAUAACUGUCCCAGGGACUUUUGUCUAUGGUUGUAGCUAGGAAAAUAGCCUACAUUUUGAGACACCAUUGCUCAGAUGUCAUUUCUGGCAAUCAGUGGUAGCGUUGCAAAAUGGACAAAUCCCCAUUUGGAAUGUACCUACUAAGAGGGGAGGGGGAUGGGCAAAACCAUCUAAAGGAAAAUAUUAAAUAAAAGCGAAGUUAGAGGAGGUAUCGACAUUUUAUCACACACCAGAUAACAACAUUCCAUUUCCGUCUUUUAACAGCUGAACCUUCACCCGCAACACCCUUGGUAGAUGAAGAUUAUGAAAUAGCAGAACAGCCAACUGCUCCUGCUCCUCCCCCACCACGCCCUUCCAAGCUACAAGCACCAGCACCUAAAGACGACACCGCUCCUGUUGUACCUCCACCACGCCCAACUAAACAACAGCUCCCCACCCCACAAGAGGAAGAAAUGUAUGAAGAAGCUGAUACUCCUGCUACAAACCUUCCUCCGCCUCCAGCUCCUGAAGCGGAUGUAGAGUUGGAGAAUUAUGAGGAUCUGGAUACAAUUCAGGAGCAGGUUUUACCUCCACCACCUCCAGUCUCGGCACCAGCCCCAGUGCCUACUCGACCUCCUAAACGUAAAGUUUCUCCGCCUUCAAAAAAUGCUGGCCAGUCUGCAAAGCCACGUAAGUGUUGUUUCUGGUUUCUGUGCCUGACAUAUUUAGGUAGCGUUUCCGUUCUGUGUAACUAACUGGUGAAAUUUCGAACUGCUUCAGUAAAAUGGAGUCAAUAACUUACUUUACAUGUACAUGUAGCUGCAACGUGUGUUGAUUAAGCAAAACUCUUCAUGGAGAGAAUGUAGGUGGUUGAAGUCUCAAAAACGUUUGCUUUUUUUUCGUUCUGCCUCAGUUCUUAAUGACCAGGUUAAAUUAAACAUUUCAUGGUGGCUAAAUCAUAAAUUGACAUAUAAUAGUAUAAAAUGUGCCGCAGGCGAUGAGUGGGUGGGUUGAGUGGUUGUACACAAUACCUCAACAUUUCAUAUUAAUGGACACUGCGUUCUUUGUCAGCACCUUUGCUCUGUUUGCACACCUUUAGCAUAAAUAAGCGAGAGACCUACAUGUAACUAAACAAAAAGGAUAGCUGCCUUUACGGCAAUUGCGUGGUUAGUUUUCAAACAAGGGACGAUAACUCAUUUUUUUGAUUGUCGUUGUUGUUGUGGGUCAAAGGGGUUGGAUUAAUUUAAUUGCCACAGCGUAGAUGGACAAAAGGACUAAUGAACUAGCCAUGGUGGUGAAAGACAUUCGUGCGUUAAGGGACUCAUUCGAGCCCAGAUUGGAUGAAGUGUGAUGGAAAUUUGCAUGGACCGAGCUUAAAAACUCUAGUGUUAAAAAAUAUAAGUGAGAACAGUUUAGAACUUGGAAGGACUUGGACAGAGAGACAAUUUUAGUUUAUUCGAUUAAUAGUUUUUGAAUUCGCUUGGUAGUUUUUUUGUGAAUUUGAAUUCGGUCAAAUUGUAAAAUUCGUAGCUAAUAGUUUGUGUACAAUUUUUGAAUAUAGUUCAUGCUCGUGAACAUUAGAUUAACGCUAAAAACAGAAACUAAACAGAAACUGCUUUUUGAAGUGUCAACUUUCACGUCUGUCAUCAGGAUGUAAGUAAUGUAUUUGCACUGUGAGACUUAUGCUCGCCGAACAAUCAGUGCAAAUAAGGAUUCUGCAACUAUUAUUGCAGUAGGAUCGAGUCUGCUUGAUAAGAUGAUCGUUUCAGUGAUCUUCUGUCACAUUUUCAUCAUUUGGGCAGUAGGGCAUUUUUGAGCUUUCGUCCUCGUAAAUGUUGGUAUGAGAUCCAUCUGGGAGAACUGAUCUUUUUUGGUUUUAAAAUGAGCAGUUCAGAAAGAUGCGUCUCCUCCAUGGAUGAUUACCCCAUGGCCCAUCGCCGGGAGGCCCGGUAUGUUUGGAUAGAGACAACAGAGAUGGCCAAGGCUAACAUAUCCGUUACCCUUCAGAUUCAGCUAACAGCAAGGAUGGAACCAGCCGGAGUAGUGAUGUGUGGGCAGAAAAUGUGAGCUGUUACUGCGGAAGAAAAAUCAAGUCACGGGAUACAUCUUCUUGCACAACAGAAGGAAAACGCGCCAGAUGUCCUUGUCUUCGCAAUGGAAGGUCUUGCACAGCAAAGUGUAAAUGUCGCUUUUGCGGGAACCGUCCAAGGAAGGAAAGGAGUGCGACGGGGUGCCGAUGUGGAGAAGAGAAAUACAAAAGAACAAAUGACCCAGAUUUUGUAUCAUGCAUUGACUCGGAAGGGAAAAGGAAGACAAAGUGUCCUUGUUACAGCAGUGGAACGGGAUGUUAUGAUAGAUGCAGAUGUUUAAAUUGUAAAAACAGUUUUGGCGCCACGGACAGACCUUUUAGGAUUCCUCAGCCAAAGCCACCGGGGAAACCGGUCCCUAAAAUCGUUGGCUGUAGAUGUGGAGAAGGGAGAAAAGACCCAAACCCUGGGUUCUUAGCUUGCGUGGACGUGCAAGGGAAGCGAUCUACAAAGGCCACGAGAUGUCCAUGUUUCAGAGCAGGAAUAGUAUGUCAAGAAUAUUGCAAGUGCUUAAACUGCCAAAAUUAUGGGGAUGAUGAUGGCAGUUCCUCACCUAAACGACUUUGUACCGUCACUGUUGUCUUAGACAGCGCAGAAGAAUAUCCGCUUUUUUAAAAAAACAGAAGCAAGGCUCACUUGCAGUUGCUUGUGUUGAGAUGAGACGUAAUUCUAUAGCUAGAAACAAAAAAAGGGGGG